UUCUCCGAUUUGACAUUCAAUCACCUCUUUUGUUUGUGUUGUGUACAAAAACAGGAAAGUGAAAAGCUGGAGAUGAAUUUGUCGUGUUGUGGUUUUUCAUUUUUGUAACAAUAUAAAAAGCAAUAUUCUGUUGUUCUAUUCAUUGAAUUUAAAUAAAAAUGGCCGCUAAUCCUCCGGAAGAAACUUUCGAUCAAGGAGAGUUCGAUGAGGAUGACUUGGGUGAGGUCCAGAUUGAGGCCACUGCCGGUCGGAAACGACUCUUCAGCAAAGAACUACGAUGCAUGAUGUACGGUUUCGGAGAUGAUCAAAAUCCGUACACAGAAAGUGUCGAUCUGCUGGAGGAUUUGGUUAUUGAAUUCAUCACCGAAAUGACACACCGAGCUAUGGAAAUUGGUCGAACUGGACGCGUUCAGGUGGAAGAUAUUAUCUUCCUGGUUCGAAAAGAUGCCAGGAAAUAUUCCCGUGUAAAAGACCUGCUAACGAUGAAUGAGGAAUUGAAACGUGCAAGAAAGGCCUUCGAUGAAAUCAAAUAUGUUGGGGCAGAAGCUAAGCUUAAGUAAACUUUAUUCCUUUCUAAAAUAAAUUAUAUAUAUAGUGCAUCUAAA